GGAGCCGCGCCGGCUGCUAACAAACUUGACAAUGGCCGCUCUGCUCUCGAAAUGCAGCAAUAACGGCCGUUUGACAUUGGCCCCGGUGUUAUUCGUCGGCAAGACGUCAGCGGAGGAUCCUCGGUGGGCGGUAUCGGAAUCUCGACCAUGAAUCGAAAUGAAGCGUGUUGCUUCCUACUUCUGAUUCUCUGCACCCUGCUGAGCGAUUAUCGAGUCAAUUCCGACAGCGACGCUCGUUUAUCCAGAAGAAGAAGAUACGUUGUUUUUCCCGAGGGUUCAACUUUCUCCGUCGCUCUUUGCGUGACGGUGCACACUGUGACAUCUGACAACAUCUUCACGGAGGGCAUCAAUUGGGGCAUCUCCUACGACUUGCCCAACGAAAGCAAACCGGCCCUCGAACCGUUCUUGCAAUUGAGACACGACCAAGUGAAACCGGCGAAGAAAUACGGGAGCCAAUACGCGACAAACGACAAGAACGUGGUCAAGUAUUCGGGAUGGAACAGUGACAAAUAUUACGUGAAACCCGGGAGGAGCAAGUAUCGCAAGCCUGACUACUAUUAUCUUCAGCGUAGACAUCGGCGGGAACUUUACAGCAAACUGGAGACCAUUAUGAAUGCGAUGAAUUUCGACGGUAGAACAUGUAUCCUUCGCGCCCUCUGCGAGGCCUCGCAACGAUUGCUUCCGAAAGGGAACACCCUGGUCGAGGAAAUGAUGAGGAUAUCGUUCUCCUUCCCUUUGAAGCGGUUGUUCGAUCACGAGCCGGAGGAGCAUCACGCGUACAGCAGGGCACGGAAAGCGGGGCACGAGGGGCACGACUGCGCCGCCAUGUUCGCCGGAUGCAGCCUCUCUCUGAUCGACAUGGCCCUCGGGAAAUACGACGCGGCUGAGAGCCCUCCGCUUCCGCCCGGGUACACGGACGAAUCUUACUCUUACGGGGGCUGGGCCAGGUACAACAUGAAAUAACCGUGAGAUGCCGGAUCCCAGUUGCCAGAGAGAAGGGUGAAUUUCAAAGAGAAAUCGGUUGGUUGGUUGGUUCGAUUGGGAAAGAGAGAAAGAAACAGCGAUGAUCCUUUGGUUUUGAGCGUGGAGGAAAUUUUCUACGUUGAAAUUGAUCUUGAGCAGCAAUAUCGUUUAAAGUCGUUUUUAGUAUUCAAACAUGUUCUUUGGAAAUUGUAGAAAUUGUUACACAAGUUGUUCAAACGAUGAAUAUUAAUAUGUAUGGAAAAAUAUUGUCGAAAGGAUAGAUUAUUCUCUUCGAACGUUCAAGCGAAUGUCUUUCAAGAAUAAUCGACUACACCAAGAGAUAUCCAAAGAUAUUCUUUAAAAAUUUUCAAUCUUAAUACCAUACUUACCUAGAAAAUCUGAACAGUCAAUAUAAUAUAUAUAUUUCAAUAAUAUAUUCAAAAAUCGGGACGAAGCAAACGUAGUUCGACGAUCCAUCGAUCCAAAAUGAUUAAGACUUGAAAUAUCUGCGCGUAACAAGCGAAUAUCUUUCAAGAAUAAUCGACUACACCAAGAGAUAUCCAAAGAUAUUCUUUAAAAAUUUUCAAUCUUAAUACCAUACUUACUUAGAAAAUUUGAACAGUCAAUAUAAUAUAUAUAUUUCAAUAAUAUAUUCAAAAAUCGGGGCGGACGAAGCAAAGAUGGUUCGACGAUCUAUCGAUGAACCAUCGACGUAAAAAAUAUUAAAUGGAAGGCGAAUCGCUGAGGAUUAUUUGCCCCGUAGCGAGAAUACGUUCCGGUACGUAAAGUGGUUAGAAGAAAGAAGCUCAGGAGAGGUGAUACGGCGGCAAGGUAAGCGCGAAACCAGCCUCGAGAAUGGUGAUACUCCGUGCAUCGUGCUAGUAGCGUGCACCGCUACAUUUUCGGUAAUUGGAUGAGCUUACCUAUCGGUGAAGGAGAAAGGUUAGAUGGGAUUGGGCCAUGAAAUAAGCGAGUGCACGAGGACGGAUAAGAGGAUACAUCCGGGUUCGUUCGGUUCGCCGACUCGAAUCGAUAAUAACGAUUCUUUUGUAAUAUUGUUACGAUCCUGGUAUAAUAGGAUUAGAUCGAAGGCUCGAACACUACACGAAAUCGCGAAAACUAUUUCAAACGAGGGAACUAUGAACAGUUUUGAAUCGAGAUGUGCGCCUUUCCCGAUUUUGCACGAUCGUCCACGAGCGCGGUCCACGCUUGCCUAGAGAUGCAGAUCGAGAUGAAACAGACGGAGUAUCGCGAGAUAUUAAACCGGAAAUGGAAAUCGUCAGGCGACACCUGCUUUUUUCCUAUAUUUUUCCAAUCGUUUCAUUUGUUAUUCGGAUCUCGACACUCGGAUGUAAAUAAAAUCUGGACCACGAACGAACGAA